AGGCCGACGUGGCCCCCUUUGCUUUGACCGUUCGGGGAAGUUAAGAGAGAGAAACAGAACAAAAUUAGAAGUCUUUUGACAAGAGUGUUUUGUUUCUAAACAGGUAUGUCCCAUAUUCUUCUUCUUAAUUUCCCCCCUAAUUUCGUUUCUUUAACUGUAAAGUUUGCAUCUUUGUUGCUGAAUUGUUCCUCUUCUUCGAUUUCUUGUUCUGGGUGAUUAUGGUUUUCUCUCUUGUGUCAUUGUUUAUCUGUUAAUUGAAACUGUAUAACGUUCAUUCUAGCUGGUUUUUGUUAGGGUUUAUGUGCAUAUGGUAGCUUAUAAUUCUUGACGAAGUGGUUUUUUUCUGGUGUUUUUCUAUGUAAUUGAGCUGUGUAUGUUGGGUUGUGGCCGUUCUUCAUGGGAUUUAUGACUUAGGUUGACUUUGAUCUUCUUGGUUUUUAUUUGGAGAGAUUUGGUGUUUUCUGAUAUGGGUUUUGAUUCCUGCCUUUUCAUGAAGUAGGUUUGCCCUUAUUUCUGUUUCUCUAUGAAAUUUAUGGCCUUCACCCUAUCAUAAAAACCCAUAUAUUUU